AUGACGUUGCGGGUCGAGGUGCCCGGAGAGAAAAUCAUAUCACAUGUGCAUAUAGAAUCAUGCAAGUGCAAACCGUUUGAGAACGAGCCAAUAAAAACCGAACAAAAUAUUAACGGCAGGGUAAAAGAGUUUAUUAAAAAAACAUGGGCGUUAAGAUCCAAAGUGACAGUGGAACCGUAUGUAAUAUGCUAUGUGCUCCCAAGUGUUUUAGCAGGAUUAGCUGUUCAGAAUUUGUGUUUAGAAAAAUCAUGUCUAGUGAAUUUAAAAUAUGACGAAGACACGUGUUACCAUAUUAUGCAAGGUCGCACCUCCAAUUACACGGAACAAGAGGAGAACGUUCAGAAGAUGGUAGCCAGUAUGACCGCUUGGAGCUUUCCUCUGCAGACUGCCUUACCUGGAAUAUUAACGCUAUUUGUUGGCGCUUGGAGCGAUCGAACGGGGAACAGAAAAAGUUUUAUGGUACUACCGAUCCUAGGAAAAUUAAUUUCAUGUUUUGGUAUUAUUCUUAGCACAGUAUUCUUCCUUUACGUCGGUGUAAAUGAAACGGCACUUAUAGAGGGUGUCCCUCCAGCAUUGGCUGGUGGAAGAGUUGCUAUGACUAUGGCAGUAUAUAGUUACAUUACGGAUAUAACAAUAGCUUGUGUUUUCUACAUGACUGGUUUUAUAUACAUCCUGUUUAGAUUAAAAGUAAAAAAGAAGAAAUCUAUAGUAAAAGAGGAAUCCCAGACAGUUUUGUCUAUGUUCUCAGUUAAGGAUCUCGCAGCGACUGUGAAUGUGGCUUUCAAAUCCCGACAGGGAUCGAGACGUUUGCAGAUAAUUUUAAUCAUGUUGGCAUAUAUGUUCAUCGUCGGACCAGUAUUAGGCGAGGCUCAAAUGACGUAUUGGUUUACCCGCUACAAGUUUAAAUUCACUGAAGUUGACUACAGCCUGUUUCUCACAUACUCCGUUCUCGUUGGCACUAUCGGUUCUUUCGUAACAAUAUAUCUGCUAAGCAAAAGAUGGAAGAUAGAGGACAGCAUUAUCGGCAUGGUGGCGUGUGUGAGCAGGAUAGCUGCUAGUCUAGUAUAUGCUAUGGCUCCUACCAGAACUAUAUACUUCAUUGGUCCAGUUUUGGAUAUGUUCAGUUCAGCUGGGGCGACAUCCUUGCGGUCCAUUGCAACGAAACUUGUGAAGACGGAUGAAGUCGGUAAAACUAGCUCUCUAAUCAGUAUAUCUGAGGCACUGGUACCCGUGAUCUACUCCCCUGUGUACAGCAAACUUUAUUUGAGUACAUUGUCAACGUUUCCGGGGGCGUUUUAUCUCAUAAGCGCAGCUUUAGCCUUUCCAGCCAUACUUAUAUAUUUAACCCUAUUCAUCUUACGACGAAGAGACAUCAAAGAAGACAUCAUGAAUGAAAAACAGGAAAACGAGAAACAAGAAAGCAAAUCCAAGGACAACGAAAUUACUAGAUUUUAA